AUGAUAUUCCCAUUCGCUUACUUCAUGGUGAAUGACUUUGACCCGAAUGAUGUUCGACACGUCGGCCUCCGAGAUGGUUUAAUCACAUCCGCAUUCUUUAUUCCUCAGAUGAUUACCACAAUCCCAUAUGGAAUCGCAUCUGAUCGAUACGGCCGCCGUCCUUUGCUUCUUACUGGCUUACUAGGGAGUGCCGCAUUUCUGUGCCCAUUUGGAUUAUAUAAGCCCUUUCCAUGGGCGCUUAUCACCCGCGCAUUGUGCGGAUUUUGCAAUGGGAACGCGGCAAGCACGCGAACUGUCGCGGGAGAGACUGUAUAUCAAGCCAACCUCAACCAAGGAAGAGUCUUCGCCAUCUUCGAGUUCACCCAGGCCGUGGGCUAUGUUGGGGGACGGACGCAUGAUCGGAGGUUAUCUAGCUAG